AAAAGGUGGCAGCUCUACAUCCAUCAAAUGCCGCAUUUUUUACGUAAAACUUUUUAGCAACAAAUGCAACAAGUUUUCUCUGCCUUUUCAAUCGACAACAAUACGUCUGUAUUCUAAGCGAGCUACAAAAGUUUGUUCACAGCAGUUGAACAAAGCCUUAAAAUGAUCUAUACAACAACGCUACUGUCGCGUGGGUCCAUCUUCGGGUCGCUAAUCAACAAAGUCAGGCAAGUUGUAGCCAAAAAUCAAAACUCUUCUGCACUUCCUAUUCAAAUCGACAAACAAUUUACACCCACAACAACAUGCGCUAACAGACCCCUGGCCGCUGCCAACCUCAGCAACAGUCCCGUGCAGCAGUCAAAGACACUCGAGGAGCAAGUGGGUCUGCCACCACGUCCCAAGAAGCCGCUGACCCCGUAUUUCCGAUUCAUGCGUGAGAUGCGACCAAAGCUGAUAGCUACCAAUCCAAAAAUUACCACCGUUGAGGUAGUGCGACAGCUGGCAAAGAGUUGGGUGGAUGUGGACACCAAGAUGAAGGAACGUCUGCAGGUCGAGUUUAAGAAUGACCAGCAGGUGUACAUUGAGCAGCGUACAAAGUACGACGCCACGCUGACUGACGAGCAGCGUGCCGGCAUCAAGCAGCUGAAGCAGGACAUUGUCGAAGCCAAAGAGCGCCGGCAAUUGCGCAAGCGUGUCAAAGAACUUGGACGCCCCAAGAAGCCGGCCUCAGCCUUCCUGCGCUUCAUUGUCAGCGAGCGCGUGAAUACCCCGCAAACCCCACAGCAAACGUACCGUGAGUGGCAUCAGAAGACGACGGCCAAGUGGUCACGCCUCUCCGAUGCCGAAAAAGACGUCUACAUUCAAGACACACGCAAGGAGCUCGAGAUAUACAAAAAAUCAAUUUCCGUUUGGGAGGAAAAAAUGAUACGCCUGGGCCACAUCGACGUUGUGCGCCACGGCAACCUGAUUGAUCCCCCAGAGCCCAAGACCCGCAAGGCCCAGCCUGUCAAAGAGAAGUAAUCUUCUCUAGCUUCUUGACACGUGCCCCCACGCCAUCACAUUUUUCCAUUUCUUCAUAUUGUUUUUUCAUCGCAAAUUGUUUAUGUUAAUCAUUAAAGUUUAAAUGCUCGCCUAAGUA